CUUCCACGCACUUACUAUCAGGCGUUUCCCCCCCUUGACCGUCCUCUGCGGCUGUUGAAGCAGUGGGUCAAACAACGACGCUAACACUGGAGCUGUAAAAUCAACAACGGGGGCUCCCGUUUAAAGCGCCGCAGCAAGCUGACCAGCCUGCGCAGUGUGAUCACUUGCGACUUUCUCUGAAACGACUUUCUGUUGCGGAGAAGUGCAAAUUGAUAUCCCAAAACCACUGCCGCCGCCGCACAUCCACCAAAAAAAAAUCACCCAAAAUCGAAGCAAAAUGGUGCAAAACAAGAUCACCGAAGUUACUGGAUUCCACCGCUCAUUCAAGGGCCAAAAUCCCUUUGAAUCAGAGGACUUCACUAAAAAUGGAUCCCAUCUUAUUGAUUCAUCGCUAAAUUUUGAUUCCUCCCCAAGACAUGACAUGCCUUCCAGCCAGCCUAUUGACAUCCCCGAUGCCAAGAAGAGAAACAAGAAGAAAAAGCGUUGCCGGGCAACUGACAGUUUCUCAGGGCGAUUUGAGGAUGUCUAUAGACUGCAAGAAGAGGUUCUAGGAGAGGGUGCUUAUGCCAGAGUGCAAACAUGCAUCAACCUCAUCACCAACAAGGAGUAUGCUGUGAAGAUCAUUGAGAAAAGACCAGGUCACAGCCGCAGCCGUGUCUUCCGUGAGGUUGAAAUGCUCUACCAGUGCCAGGGCCACAGGAACAUCCUAGAGCUGGUGGAGUUCUUUGAAGAGGAAGACAAAUUCUACCUGGUGUUUGAAAAGCUCAGAGGAGGGUCAGUCUUGGCACAAAUUCACAAGAGGCAGCACUUCAGUGAGCAGGAAGCAAGUGUUAUCGUGCAGGACAUCGCCAGCGCUCUAGAUUUCCUGCAUAACAAAGGAAUGGCACAUAGAGACCUGAAACCUGAAAACAUUCUCUGUGAGAGUGCAGACAAGAUUUCCCCGGUCAAGAUCUGUGAUUUUGACUUGGGCAGUGGGAUCAAGCUGAACAGCGACAGCUCCCCCAUCUCCACCCCUGAGCUCCUUACUCCUUGUGGCUCAGCAGAGUACAUGGCACCUGAGGUGGUCGAGGCUUUCAGUGAGGAGGCUACAAUUUACGACAAGCGCUGUGACCUGUGGAGCCUUGGCGUCAUCCUCUACAUCAUGCUGAGUGGCUAUCCACCUUUUGUAGGCCGCUGUGGUGGUGACUGUGGCUGGGAAUUGGGGGAACCCUGCCACACCUGCCAAAACACUUUAUUUGAAAGUAUCCAGGAAGGAAAAUAUGAGUUUCCAGAGAAAGAUUGGGCUCACAUCUCCUCAAGUGCCAAAGACCUAAUAUCCAAACUUCUCGUUCGGGACGCCAAAAACCGCCUGAGUGCUAGCCAGGUGCUGCAGCACCCCUGGGUGCAGGGGGGUGCCUCUGACACUUUGCCCACAUCCAUCUUGCAUCAAAGAACCAGCAAUGCCAGAGAUUUUACAUUCUUUGCUGACAAGGCCAUGGCUGUGAACCGGCAGCUGGCUGAACAGGAUGGCAUGGAAGAUCAGCAGCAGCAAGAAGUCCCAUUUGUUGUUACUGCUACUGGCUCUUCUAUGCGCCUCUCUCCUCCUUCCAACUCCAAGCUGGCCAGGCGCAGGCAGCGAAGCAGCCAGCCCAAGGGAGGGCCCGUCUCUGCCGCAGAGCUCCGUCAGCUCUUGGCCCCUCUGGUUAUCGUGGGAGACUGUGCCUGAACUGCCCAAACUUGGUCAGCCUUGACCUCCGACCUUCCGUUAAAAUUCAAGUCCAGAUCUAAGACUGCCGUGAGACUCUGCCUCCCCAGUUCUAGCCCCUCUCUCAGACUCUAGCUGGCCUUGGUUCCUCUGCCAUUCAGGCUUUAUUGCCUCGCUGUAAAGGGAGAUGCUGCUCGCAGCCCUUCCUCUAAAUGCCUUCUGCCCUUCCGCAGCACUUCUGAAGCACAUUAGCCCAGGGCCUGCAUAUAGCAAACACACAAAUAUGUGCAUGUCCAGGUUGGGGAGGAGGGCCAGUUAAUGAUUUGGGAGAGAGAGAAGUAUUUUCUGAGUUAUGUUCUUUUUAUUUCCAUACAACUCAGUUUAAAAGAGAUCAGAACACUUAUAUUUGAAACUAAGCUCAGACACCAAAGGACAACCUGUUGUGCUGCUCCCACAUUACAACUGGAUCCACUGUGAAUUAAGUUAUCUGGAAUGUUCUCUUUGCCUGUAUGUGUAUGCAUGAAUGGCCCAUCUGCAGAUACGUACAAGCUUAUGCAAUAUGCCAAGAUGAAGGCUGUUCCUGUCUUGAAGGGAUUCAGUAUAAGGGGCUGGGAGGGCUGUAAGCCAAUGCUGUCCGUGCCUGGUGCGGUCCAUUAUGUGGCUGGGGUCUCUUCAAAGAUUUUUUUUUUUUUUUUUUUUCCUUCAUUUAAGAUAAAUUCCUCACAACUGAGCCUCUUCUGUAAAUGUCUGAGAUGAAAGAUGCACUCAUCCAGCUUUGGUGGCCAUGCACUUAAUGCUUUGAAAGCAAAGAAUGUUUAUCUGUACCCAGCCAGCCAUGACUUACUAUUGCACCAUUUCAUACAGUUUGUUAUAUGAAUUUAUGCCAAAUUUUCAGUGGCCACACCGUUCAGUGUUUGACACCAUCAGGCAAGUCUGAUAGUAUCGAAUUAAACUAUUUUACUUUGGUUAUGAUGCAUGGCCGCCAAAAUAAGAUAUAUCUGGUAUGUUGGUACAGGCUGAUUAUACAGUAUGUUAAAUGGCAAGUGAAACUGAGUCAUUGUUACUUUCACUGUAAAGAAUUCUUGACAUGUCCCCUUGCCACAACCAGAGCUUGUAUUUUAAUUUUUUUUUUUUCUUUUUGUAAAUUUUUUUUUCUACAAAUCAAUUUAUGCAUUAGAUUUAACCUUAAAUAUUUUGGCAGUAAAGGUUAGAGCUCCUGUUAGGGGCUUGAGAAGCACAUUUUGGCCAAUGUGACCUGAGUGUCAUUUGUUGAUCAAAUACAUUUAUUUGGACCAUCAUCUCUUCCAGGGUUCACCAUUGUCUUGUUUCAGAUGAGACGCACCCAUUUCAAAAUAAUGACAUUACAAAUUCUCAUUACAAAGUAUGAGUCAGAAGAGAUUUUUCAAAAAAGAAAUAUAUAAAAAAAAAAGGAAAAACAUUCCACAAAAAGAAAAACAACAAAAAAGUCUUCCAAGGACGUGUAGCUCUAUUAAGUUUACUUUAUUUUUCAUGUUUGAAAACUCCAUGUCAUUGUGCCACACUGAUUUUUUUUUUUCCCUCUCCCUUUUUUUGUAUGGCUGUUAAUAAGCUUCUAUUUUCUAUAUGGUGAUUUUCAUGCAGGUGCUGUUCAGUUCAGGUGAAACACCGGAUGUUUUCCUCAAGGUUUUUUUUUUUUUUUUAAAUGUUUUGUGUUUUUAAAAGUUCAGAGUAUGUGGUGUAUGAGUUGAGAAGAUGGAAAGAGUUUUAGUUGAUCUGGAGCGUUCAUGCCCAGUGAAGGAGUGAAGGCGAGUGUUUAAGUUUUAUUAUUUUUUUAUGUGUAAGAGUUGGCAAUAAUCUUUUUUUUUUGUUGUUGUUGUUGUUCUGAUUAAGUUAAAGCUCAUUCUGAAACUGACAGGUAAUGGACUGGUGAUGAGGUGGUCUCACAACACUGUAGCCAUUUCACCAAAGAGGGUUCAAGUCAUGACAUUGAACAUGUGAUCCAUCACCUAGCAGUGAGAAGUGGGGAACUUCUGAUUGUCCAUGUCCUGUUGCCAGCACUGCAGCGACGGUACUCUGGAAAUGGUGUCAAAGGACCCAUUAUGCUGAUAAUAGGACACUGUAAUAGUUCUAAAAAUAACUUUCUACAGAUGCAUCAUUAUGGGGUUUUAUGUCUUAUAAUAAGACUUACUUGAACUUGUGUAUGCAGCUGUUUCUUCUCCAUUUGGGAAACUACUUUGCUAUCAGUAAUCUCAAAGCAUUAAGCUGAUGAUCAAGGCAAUCUUUGGGUUUUGAAAAUACCUAUACAUUUCAGUAUUCUGCCUUUUUCUCCCUUUUGAGCAUCAGACAAGUUGGUCCCUACUUUUUUGAUAGGGUUGGAUACUCAGAAACGCACAGACCUUGGCCAUACUCUGUAUAAUCCUCAGUGGUAUAUGAGAGUUUUCUUGGUCAUGACCAUUUCUACUUUUUGUCAAAUGGCAGUAGCUUUUUCGACUGCCUUUUACUGGGGAUAACCGGACAAAAUGAUAUCCUUAAGCCUCACGACUUUUUAUAUUGUACGUCAUUUUGAAGUAAGAACAGUUCAUCAUAAACCUCCCCGCAAUUUGAAUGUAGCCCAAAGGCAAAAGCAUUUACAAUCCAGCAACACUGAUCAGAUGUUUUAUAAACAGUUCAUUUCAUGGACAUGGUGUGGGGUUACUCUGUCUAAAUUAAUACAGUCCUCAAGCAUUAUUUUGAGAGUUGACACCUGACUUUAACACUGUCUGAAUCACCCAAAACUCGUUGUGUUCAUUUGGAAGAAAUCUGAAAUAAAUACAUCCUUUAAGUACAAAAAUAUUUUGAUUUAAAAUAAGCACUUUACUGUACCAUGUGAAUGAUUGCAGUUCACUCAAGGCAACAUUUAUGACAGUUGCUACAGAAUUUUGUAUUGUUUUUCUAAAAAAAAAAAAAUGCAAUAAAAUGUUUUGAACUA